UGAAUACUCCAAAAUGCCUUUAUUAACCGAAGAUCUGAGUAAGAGUUACUUAAACACACUCAAACUUCAACAAGUUAACUUAGCUCUCACCUCCGAAACAUCCCAACGGGGAAUCAAAGAUAUUAUAAUGGAUAUGGAUAAUUCGACAGUAAAACUUCUUGCAGCAAGUUGUAAAUUCUUGGCAAUGAAUGCAACAAGGCGACCGACAACUGCAAAGAGGUUGCAGAAUCCAGAACCACAUCAUUCCGAGUUGGUGCGAUGUAAGCGAAGACUCAACUACGGAGGAAUUAACUACACGAUGUCACACCAGCAAACGGCAUCAGUAGCCCGGAGAAAUGAGCGAGAACGAAACCGAGUGAAACUCGUCAACUCUGGGUUCGACACACUGCGGCAGCAACUUCCGAACGGUGUGGAGACGAAGAAAAUGAGCAAAGUAGAGACACUGCGAUCAGCCGUCGAAUAUAUCAGACAACUUCAACAGUUGCUAGACGAAAAUGACGCCGUCAACGCCGUUUUUAAUUCGUCCACGGCAUCACCGACAGAUUCGUCCGUAGGCAGUGCAUCGCCGGCACAUUCGUACGUUUCAGAUCACGAAACGGGACCGUUAACGCCAGAAGAAGAGGAACUGAUGAGCUUUGCAAGUUCUUGGUUUUGAACAAUUUCGAUUCCCUCCCAAGGAAAAGUUUGUGUAGUCCGAGGCAAGAAGUAGUGCGUACUCGAUGCUGUGGGCGUGGCUUACGUAGAUCGACGUUGCACGUACAUUACGAGGUGGGUGUGGCCUACUGAGUCCCAGCGAUCACAUGAGGUAGUUGAUCGAAGGGGACAAAGCCAUGACAGGCCAAAGAAGAUAGAUGGUCGGCCAAUCAGAUUCAGCCAAGCGAACAAAGAACUUAAACAACUCUCGUACAAGUUCUGCUAUUGUUACGCGCGGUUUUAUUAUGAUUUGAAAUAAGUUUUCAGCUAGAAAAUAAAUCUAGCUGGAAGAAGUUAAUGAAUAUAUCAUUUUUGGCAACUGUUAACUCUCUCAAAGCUAGUAGUUGCAUUUUAUGUAGCGAUGUAUUGUAAAUAAUUACGGACGAAAUUUGUGCUACAAAGAAUAAAUGUUUUAUGUUUGUAUUAUUUCUUACUUUACUCUUAUAAGGAGCUGUUCAACUCCCGCGUUUGGGGUGUUCUGUUUAAAUUAAGUGCUGAUUCACAUUUGGCUUAGGCCAAUGUUAUAUUUGUUUUUCCUUAAGUACAUUAAGCCUCUGUACCACAAAAUAUGCCUAGGCGGUUUGUUUUGUAAAUUUAUAAAGUUGAAUGCUCUAUGCAAAUUGUACUAUUCAAUGAUUUUUCUUCCACACUGCUCUUCUGGAGCAAAUCUUUAAAAUCUUUUAUAUUCUCAUGUUAGUUGUUGUUGAUCUAAAUUAAUUCAUUUUUGUAAAUAAUGUACAUAAUAGUAGAUUAUUUUGCUAUUUCUAUACACGAUCUCAAAAGCGAUCGUUUAAAUUUUAGAUUUGAACUUUAACAGAGGUCGUCCUUAAUGUUAUAUCUGCAUUCUUUUAACUUUUCUAUUGGAUUAAAUCUAAAAACUCUACUGCGGGCGGGUAUUGAACAAAAGAAUUUAAUCGCUGAAUCGUCACAUUUUUGUAUUUUGAUACACAAUCAAAGAUAAUAAAUUUUAUAAGAAAUAUAGUAAAA